AUGGCUCUUCAUCACAAUACCACCAAGGUUACUGAGUUUAUCCUCCUGGGCUUCACUUCUCAACGAAACCUUCAGCUCCUUCUCCUCAGUUUCUUCCUGCCCAUCUACCUCCUUAGUGUGGCAGGGAAUCUGGGCCUAGCCAUUCUUAUCCGAGCUGAACCUGCCUUGCACACGCCCAUGUACUACUUCCUAAGCCACCUGGCCCUGAUGGACCUGUGCUCCAGCUGCACUGUAGCCCCCAAAAUGCUCCUGGGGCUCUUGAAAGGUUAUGACACCAUUCCCAUCCCAGCCUGUGCCCUUCAGAUGUUCAUCUUUGCAGCUAUCUCAGAUGCCGAAUGUUGUCUCUUGGCAGCCAUGGCCUAUGAUCGGUAUGUGGCCAUCUGCCGCCCAUUGCACUAUGCAACUGCCAUGCCACAGCAUCUCUGUCAUCUCCUUGUAAUUGCUUCCUAUGCAGCAGGGAUGACCUCUGGAGCGAUCCAUUCCAGCAUGGCAUUCCGCCUGCCCUUCUGCGAUGCAAAUACUUUGGACCAUUUCUUCUGUGAUAUCCCUCUAGUUCUGGCUUUGGCUUGUGCAGACACACAAAUUAACCAGCUCUUACUUUUAGUAGUGUGUGGAAUUAUCCAGAGCAUCACCCUGUUGAUCAUUGCAGCUUCCUAUGGAAUUAUCCUCUGGACUGUAGGACGAACAGGAUCACUUCGAGCUAUGUCCACCUGCGGAUCUCACCUUACAGUUGUGGGGGUGCUUUAUGGAACCCUUCUCUUCAUGUACCUACGGCCUGAUGAUACCUAUGCCCCACAAACAGACAAGAUGACUUCUGUCUUCUACACAGUAGCCAUACCUACUCUCAACCCUGCCAUAUACAGUCUUCGUAACACUGAGGUCAAGCAGGCAGUCAAGAAGAGGUACAACAAGAUAUGUCAUCAAACAUAA